UUAUCUGUGAACUCACCAAAAUGAGUGGUUUUUGUGAUGCUGAAGAAUGUUUAUGUAUUUAUUUAUUUAUUGUUAUUGAGUGUUAAGGAAAAAUGUUGUGGUACUGUCUUUUGAUUCGAGUUUUGAUGGGUGCAGUUAGCUUAUUCUGCCACUGCGGGGCAGUAAUGCAAUGGAGACGGAGAGUUCAGUGAGUGUAGCGUGUCCUUAUGGUUUGGGGCUUUGACCUUUUAAAUAUGUAUACAUUUAAAAGGUAUAUAAACAAAACUGUCACUACUAAUUUUGUUGCGAUAAUAAUUUAAAAGAACACUGCGAAUAUUUGAUUUAGUGUCUUACCUGCGUUUGCAUUAACUUUGGCCUACAUGCCUUACAUUCAUCCCAUUGUUAGGACACAGGUUUGAUUUUUCCAUAAGAUGAUUAUCAGAGGUCGUUUUCCUGUUAUGGAGCAGCCUUACAUAAGUAAAAUACUAACAUCUUGAUUGAACCCACAGCAUAAUCCUCAAGGUAAAUUUUUAGUCGUUUUUAUCAGUGGGCCCCAGCUUAUCAACGGCACAGCGCUUUCCCACGCAGUUGUAUCUGCCGGUGGCCCAGAUGUCGUUGCUCUAUCAGUUCGAAUGUUUAUGGAUGCUUGCAUUCUGGGCCCCCGAUUUCGGGGGUGCAGUCAAGAAAAACGCGAGCCCUCGCGCAGACCUCCUGCACGCACAGUUCCGAAAACGGCCAUGUCAUGAUUCUCAUUUGCGUUCUGCCACACGUCAAGAGGCGCGCGUUGCUCCAGCGGCUUGGAAGUUUACGGCCAAAGACAUCAGGAUGAGAGUGGAGGGGUUGGCAUUGUGCAGUCUGGUUUCUUUGCUGGGUCUGACGCUGCUGGAGUCGACGUCCUGCCAGCACCUGCCCGAGGAGCCCUGCUCGGUCCAGAUCCUUGUUCCUGGUCUCAAAGGUGAGCCAGGGGAGAAGGGAGUGAAAGGAGCACCUGGGAGGCCAGGUAGAGUGGGACCCCCCGGUGAGACAGGGCUUCCUGGACUCAAAGGGCAGAAAGGUCUGAUGGGACGUUAUGGCAAAAUGGGUCCCAGUGGUAUCAAAGGUGCAAAGGGAGAUAUGGGAGAUCCUGGACCACAAGGGCCAGAUGGAGACCCAGGCGUCCCGUGUGAGUGUGCACCAAUAAGGAGGAUGAUUGGCGAAAUGGAUAUCCUUGUGACUCAGCUGACAAAUGACCUGAAGUUCAUAAAAAAUGCACUGCCCUCCCCUGCAGCUGUCGCCGGCCUCAAGGAGACGGACAGCAAGCUCUACCUGCUGGUCAAAGAGGAGAAGCGCUACCCGGACGCCGAGCUCUACUGCCAGGGCAGGGGCGGGCACCUGGCCAUGCCAAAGGACGAAGGUGCCAACGCCGCAGUGGCUGCCUACAUCACCCAGGCUGGCCUGAGCCGGGUCUAUAUUGGCAUCAACGACCUGGAGCAGGAGGGCCACUUCGCCUACGUCAACCACUCCCCCAUGACCACCUUCAGCAAGUGGCGGGAGGGGGAGCCCAACAACGCCUAUGAGGACGAGGACUGCGUUGAGCUGGUGGCGGCUGGGGACUGGGUGGAUGUGGCCUGCCACCUCACAAUGUACUUUGUCUGCGAGUUCGAUAAGGACAGCGUCUGAUACCCCAUUCCCACGUCCCUUGCCCAGUCAAGGACAGUCGUGCUCAUUCACUCACUUCAGAUAUAUUUUUUCCAUUUGUUUUUAUGAGGACAGGAUAGGGGUUGCAGGGCGGGGGUGAGUUUGGUCGUGAAUUCAUGGACUUCAACGCUUUUGGUUUGGAGUUAAGCUUGGUAACGGAGGUUCAAAUCUCAGGUGUAGACGCUGGUUUGGACAAUUUGAGCCAAGGGUGGUUUUAAUCUGAAUCUAAAUAUUCAGUUGUAUAUUCAGUAACAUUUAAAAUGCAAGCCAUAUAUGUGACCCUAGCCAGGGGUGUUGGAUAUGCAUGAACAGUAAUGACAUCAUGGAAUGCAAGCAGAGAUACACAGUUCUGUUAGAGGCCAGUGUCAGCAAUGGUUUGGGUGAUUCUGUUGUCAGUAUAUAUGUUUGUUUUUUUUUGAACAAAAAUCAAGCCUGUUGUUUAAUAUAAUUGCUUUGUUUUUUAGAAGGCCAUAUACAUGUACAAUUUCUUUAAAACCCUUUUAUUCAUUUAUUUAUUGGUGUACCAAUGUUUAAGCUUUCAAGAUACAGAAAUGUUGCAAGAAAUGGAACCGAAAAAAGUAGAACCAUAAACGAAGUGGAACCAAAAAUUUUCACAGACAUCAAACUUUAAUGCACUGAAUAUCUUCAUUUCUCUCUUCUCUGUUAAUUCUUGCUGUCUUUUCCCACCUUUUCACUUUGAUAACAAAUUGCAGUUCUUUCUUUCCUCUGGGUGUACUGUCAGUUGCAGGAUCAUGUUUAUAACAAAUGUGACAACGAUUAAAAAGGAAUUUGGUACAAAU